AUGGACUUUAUUGUAGUGGACACGUAUUCUCUCUACACGGCCAUAGUGGCCAGACCCUGGCUUUAUGCCCUGUGGGCUGUUUCUUCAACUUUGCAUCAGAAAGUGAAGUAUCCAUCUAGGGACUGGAUUAAGGAGCUGGUAGGAAGUCAGUCCAUGGCUAGGCAAUGUCUUGUGUCUGCAAUUUUCCAUCAGCCUGCAUCUAAGUCCUUAGCCUCUGCCAAGGGAGCUCCGGGGGUGGAUCCAAGCUUCAUCUACCAUCAUUUAAAUGUUAAUCCAUCUGUCACCCCCAAGAAACAACCAACUUGGCGCUCAUCUAAGGAUCAUUUUGACGUUGUUAAAGACGAGGUGAUGAAGCUUAAGCAGGCUAGGGCUAUUAAGGAGGUGUUCUACCCUGAAUGGCUGGCUAAUACAAUGGUGGUAAAGAAGAACACUGGGAAGUGGCGUGUAUGUGUAGAUUUUACAGACUUGAUCAAAGCUUGCCCAAAGGACCCUUUCCCCAUGCCUCGAAUUGAUCAACUGGUGGACGCAACUGUGGGCCAUCCUCGGAUGAGCUUCUUGGAGCCUUUCAAGGGUACCAUCACAUACCUUUAG